UAGACAAGAUUUUUUUCAGGGGAACAAAAAAAAUCGGCGGCGGUAGCUACAUCAAGAUCAGUUUCAUUUGGCCCCUACUAAAACCAAAAGCAGUGUUGACAAGCUAGAGAGUAUUUAGCGUUAUACCGAAUAUCCACUCACCGGGACUUUUAAAAGGGUGUGGACCGACCCGGCACCGGAUGGAAGAAUGACUACUGUAUUUCAGGACCGAAGCAGCCGCUGGGCGGACAUACAGAAAGGACUGCAGUUCAUACAGUCAACAUUACCCUUUCCUGGAACGCAGGAACAGUAUGAGGUGUUCAUUCGGGAGCUGGUGUGGAAGCUGUUUGGUGAGGGAAAUGACAUUUAUAACGAGGGCGAAUGGGCACGCUCGGUGGAGCUCUACACCGAGGGCCUGAGCAUCGCUGAUUACGCCGAUUCAGAGGACAUCAGCAUCUCCAGCUCGAUGUUGGAAAAGCUGUACGCGAACCGUGCGGCCGCCUACUUAAACAUUGGUCUCCACGACCAAGCCCUGGGGGACUGCGAUAAGGCCCUCCAGCGGAACGAGGGGAACCACCGAGCCCUCUACCGCAAGGCCCGGUCCCUGAAGGAGCUGGAGAGGCACAAGGAGGCGUACGAGGCUGUGGCCGAGUGCUCCUUAGCCGUGCCGCAGGAUCCAAGUGUCAUAAAACUGACACAGGAGUUGGCAAAAAUGUUGGGCCUAAAAAUACGUAAAGCGUAUGUACGGAGUAAGCCUGCAUUAAAUGUACUGCAAGGGUCCGGCAGCUCUGGGGUGAACAGCGAUAAGUUUUCUCAAGGGUCCGAGUCCGUGGAGGACAUUGAAACGGUCCUGCAGCACGCGCAGGAGAUAGGCGGAGCCCCGGCAGGCCCCGGCCCCGCCCCCAACACCUUCGCCGGCGAGAAGGCGGAGUGCGAGUCGGCGCCCGUCAGCGCCAUGUCCUCGGUCUCGCCCAUCGAGGCCCACGACCCCGAGAAGCCCCCCGCGGCCCCGCCCAUCGCCCCGCCCCUGACCGCGCCCGUGGCCACGCCCCCGCUGGUGAACGGGGCCAGGGCUAACGAGUCGUACCCCGUCCCCGAGUCCCGGCUGGACUACGACACCGACAUCAUCGGAGACGACCUGGACGAGCUGCUGGACCGGGCGGGGCCGGCGGAGCCUCCCAUGGUUAUUCCCACCAUGAAGGGACCUGUCCCACUGCCCACCAGUCUUCCCAGUAUUCCCAGUAUUCCCAGCAGUAACUCCAGUGUCCUGCAUAUGCCCUCUCUCCAUGGCAACCAUUCAUUUGUACCUGUUCCCGCUGUCAAUUUGCCCCCCCUUUAUCACCAAACGGGGUACUCUCCGCUUGGGCUGGACUCUUACAGCUCGCCCCUGGAUUCGCUGGAUAGUCUGUCCAUAUCCGAAUCUCAGACAGCGUACGGACAGCCUUGCUUUCUACCAGUUGGUGUUAAUGAUUCAGCUCUGGGCCCACCUGUCGGGAUGGGCUUCAGUGUAUCUGAGGGAGUGGAUCUGUCCAAAAACCCUCUGGCUGAUACACAUGAAUUUAAACAGGCCUGUAUCUCCUGCUUCAUUAAAAGCGGGCCCGGAGUGUUGGAUUAUAGUUUAUAUGCUGAGGAUCACAAAUGUAAGAAGGACAUUCUGCUGGGCCGAAUCAAGCUCUCGGAGGACCGGCACUGGAAACCAAUACGGCCAAGGCCAACUAACCAAUACGUUGGGCCCUAUUACAUCUGUAAAGAUGUGGCAGCGGGCGACGUGUGUCGGUACCAGGGCCACUGCACAUUUGCUUACUGCCAGGAGGAGAUUGACGUUUGGACUCUGGAGCGAAAAGGCUUCAUCUGCAGAGACCUGCUGUUCGACCCGUUCGGCGCCAAUGGAAAGGUCAACCUGACCGUCCCCAAGAUCUUACAAGACAAUCGUGGGACAUUUGAUUUCCUGUGUGGGGUGUGCUUCGACCACAAACCCAGGAUCAUCAGUAAUAAGAAUAAGGACAACCCCGCCCUGUGCUCCCACUCCGUCUCAAAGCACAGCUUCGAAGACUCCAAGUGCCUGGUCCACAUCCUGCGUGAGCCCAAGUUCUGCUACUCCAAGAUCCGGGCCUACGUGCCCCUGCAGUGCCAGCUGGACCUGUGUCGGCACGAGGUGCGGUACGGCUGCGUGCGAGAGGACGCCUGCUUCUUCGCCCACAGCCUCAUCGAACUCAAAGUGUGGAUGAUGCAGCACGACCUGGGUAUUACGCACGAAAGCAUCGUUCUGGAGUCGAGAAAGUACAGAACCGCUGAAGUCUCUUCGCAAUGCAUCGAGCAAGCCCCAAGUGCCAUUAAGAAGUUCGGACCCCCGAACCUGAAGAUUCAGUUUGUGUGCGGACAGUGCUGGCGCAAUGGGCAGGUCAGCGAACCGGACAAGAACAAGAAGUACUGCAACGCCAAAGCACGGCAUGCGUGGUCUAAAGACAGGAGAGUCGUGUUGGUCAGCUCGGUGGAGCGCAAGAAGUGGACCACAAUCCGCCCGCUUCCCACCAAGAAACCAAUACCUUCUCAGUUUGAGAUCUGCUUGCAUGUGGCCGCUGGUAAGAAGUGCCAGUAUAUCGGAAACUGCAGCUUUGCACACAGUCCCGAGGAGAGGGAUAUGUGGACAUACAUGAAGGACAACAACAUUCCUGACAUGGAGCACUUGUACGAGCAGUGGCUGCAGUCCCAGAAGCCCGGCUGGAGUGAGGAGACCUCCAACGGUUCCUCCAGGGAGAACGGGAAGCAGAUCCACAUGCCUACGGACUACGCAGAGGAAGUGGCGGGAAACCACUGCUGGCUGUGUGGGAAGAACUGCAACAGCGACAAGCAGUGGCAGCAGCACAUCACCUCCGAGAAGCACAAGGAGAAAGUGUUCAACUCUGAGGAUGACCAAAACUGCUGGCAGUACCGCUUCCCCACCGGCACCUUCAGAGUCUGUGAAAGGUUCCUGAUUGGCACUUGCCUGGAGGAGGAGAGCUGCAAACUGGCCCACGGCAGCGAGGAGCUACGCGAGUGGAACGACAGGCGGGAGUUCCUGCUGAUGAAACUCGCCAAAGCCAAGAAAGACCAUCUCAUAGCGCCAAACGACAAUGACUUUGGGAAAUACAGCUUUCUUCUCAAAGACGUGAACUAACCCUCUGGGAGAGCGAGCGAUGGCGGAGGUUACGCGGGAUGAAGACGGCGGCGGAGUGCCGGCAGCCGGUUACUACCGGUCGGGAGAGAAGGCACGGCCGAGCACAGUGCUCUUUCAGCUCGCAUUUUACCAAUAAAGCACAGUAAACAACGUAGGGUCUGAAUAGCCCUACCACGUUGCUUUUCUCACUCACUCAUUUAAAAAAAAAAAAAGAAAGAAAUUACAAAAAAUGCAUCGUUGCCUUCUUAAGUAGCAAUCAUUUUUCACGUUUCGCAAAGUGGAUUGCUUACAGAAAUCAGGUGUGAGGUCAGUUAAGCUGGAAAAAGGACUGAGGCGAAUGAACAUUAGUUUUUUUUCUUGGAGUGGGAGUAGGGGCGUUGGUGGUUAAAGAAACGUUACUUACAGAGGGUGUUUCAAGUUAAGCUGUUUCUUUUCCUCUUUCGGAGACGUAAAUUAAAAAGCCUGCGUUCUGUUCAGCCUGCCGGUUAAAAUGUUAUUUUCCCUUAAUGAGUAUGUUGUAUUUAUGCCUGUUGGUGUCAUGUGAUAUGAACCAAUGAUGCCAAAAUAAAAGUCUUCGUUUUCCAGAA